CACUCCAGCGGCGAAAAUGCAAUCGAACAUUCAGACUACCGAGCUAAGCUUGCCCAGAUUCGCAACAUCUACCACCAGGAGCUCGAUAAAUAUGAGCAGGCCUGCAAUGAGUUCACGACGCACGUGAUGAACCUGCUGCGCGAGCAGUCGCGCACGCGGCCCAUCACCCCCAAGGAGAUCGAGCGGAUGGUGCAGAUCAUCCACAAGAAGUUCAACUCGAUACAGGUGCAGCUGAAGCAGAGCACCUGCGAGGCGGUCAUGAUCCUCAGAAGUCGCUUCCUCGACGCAAG